ACAACAAAUUCUCACAUUGAUUUGGAUGCGAAAUGUUUACUAAUUUUUCCUCUGUUUAAUUAGAGUGAUUUUUUUUAAUUCUCACUUUGAUUAGUUGAUUUUUCUUUAUUCUCUUUAAGUGCUAACUGUAAUUUCUUAGUGAAAAUGUCCUCAUCUCAAGAAGAACCAGUUCUACUUCGGUGUUACAAUGUUGCCUGUGGUAAAACUUAUUCUGAAUCGGACAAUUCAGAUGAUUCUUGUAUCCAUCAUUCAGGUCACCCUGUUUUCCAUGAUGCUUUCAAAAGUUGGUCUUGCUGCUCAAAACGUACAACUGAUUUCACUGAAUUUCUUAAUUUUCCCGGUUGCUCUCGAGGUCGACACAGUAACGUUAAACCAGAACCAGCGACCAAAUCAUCGGAUAACAAUUCAAUGGAAUCUGCGAUUCAAGAAAUACUUAAUAAACCAAUUAACCUUAACGAACCUAUCGAAAGGCCUCCUGAGGAUAGUCCAUUGGUCACUUUACCAGUAAAAAUCUUACCCACUCUACAAAAUCAACUGGACAAAUUGAUGGGACAAGUUAAUCUUGAGCAAAAAGAUCUGACAGAAUCACCUGAUAAUAGUAAAAUCGAAAUAGGUACAAUUUGUAAGAACAAUGGAUGUAAGAAAAGUUUCAAUGGACCUGAAACCAACCAAGAAGAAUGUCUAUUCCACCCUGGUGUUCCGAUCUUUCAUGAGGGUAUGAAAUAUUGGAAUUGCUGUAAGAAAAGGACAACCGAUUUUGAAACUUUUCUAUCACAAGAAGGAUGUCAAUCAGCUAAUCACCUUUGGAAUAAAGUGAAACCCAAACACGAUUCAGAAGAAUCAAGGAGAACCUCUUGUCGAUACGAUUGGCAUCAAACAGGAAAAGAAGUUGUUUUAUCAAUCUACUCUAAACUACCAUUGCCCGAUAAAUGCCUAAUCAAAGCAAAUCCAGUUAAAUUAGAAGUGAAAAUCACAUUUAGCGGACAAGAAGAAAAAUUAUUCAUACACAAUUUCAUCCUCCACAAUGUGAUAGAAGUUGAACAAAGUUCAGUUGAAUUUACUCCAUCUAAAGUUGAAAUUUGUCUGAGGAAAUCGGACAAAUCGCAUUGGAAAAGACUUGAAUUGGAUCGUUAGAAAAUGAGUAAGAAUAAUUUGCAAUUAAUGAAGAGUAAACCAUUUGAUUGAUCCACUGAGAAAAUGAAACAAAUAUAAAGCAAAUGAAAUCAAAUUAGACUUUUAUUUAUUGAUCAAAUCAACAAUGAAUAUUUAGCUUGAAAGAAA